UCGAAAAUAGAGUCAAAAAACAUGCAAGUGAUGGAGGGUAGUGUGGAUAAAAUCAGUUUAAUAGCACAGAGAGACUAUGACCGAAAAUUAGGUUUACAAAAACAAAAAGAAACUAAAGAGAGCCAAUCUGCCGAUACCGAAAAACUGGCAUAUUUCAACGAAACGUUCAGUAACAAGCGUCAACAAAUCGAAAAUUUCCUCACCCAAUCAAGUGAUUUGGACAAAGCAGCGCUUCCCCAGCACUUUGACACAAUUUCGAAAGAAAUCCUACUCUUGCAAAAAUACGUCGCUAAUUCUAACAUAUUUUUACGUUCUUACGACAUCAAAAAAUGUCACGAAUCUUUACAAGAACUUACCAAUAAAUUAAAACAACUGGAGGAGAAUCUUUUGCCCAAGAAAAAGUUCGGGUUUAAAAACAAACAAAACGUGAAACCUGUGGAAACAAAAAAAGAAAAGGAUGAAGUGGAUUUCCAUAAAGUCGCGAUUGUGGCAAAAGAAUGCGGUUUUGCGAACAAAACUGGAGAAACUCUAACUAUGAAAAAUGAGAUUUUCAAGAAAGACAUAACAGUAGAAAAGUUGGAAAACUGUACCGUUAAAUUGUUCGGUUCGCCGUCCACUCUCCACCUCAACCAGUUGAAAAAUUGCCGCGUUUUCACAGGCCCCGUUUCAACCUCAAUUUUUGCAGAAAACUGCACAAAUUGCACUCUUGUGAUAGCGUGUCAACAGUUAAGAUUGCAUUCUUCGAGUGAUGUCGAUAUUUAUUUGCAUGUAACAAGUAGAGCAAUUAUGGAAGAUUGUCACGAUAUAUUUCUAGCACCGUAUAACUGGGACUAUGAUAAUCUCGAGUCUGAUUUUAAAAAUUCAGGGUUGGAUCGAAACACAAAUAAUUGGAAAUGUGUUGAUGAUUUCAACUGGUUGAAUGUUGAAAGACAAUCUCCAAAUUGGUCGUUGUUAGAUGAAGGGAAACUUGUAAAAAAUUGGGAUAAUUCAUAACGUAGUAAUAAAAAUUCGUAGUUUA